AAUCAAUCUCUUAUCUCUCUCUCUCUAGAGAGAGACAACAAUGGCGAAUAAAACCCUUUUGGUUCUUUUCCUGUUCCUCUCAGCCUGCAGCUUUAUUCAUGGCAACAAGCAGCUCCAUUCGUUGGUUCGAUUCUACAAAGCCAAAAUGUCGAAAGACGGUACCGUAAAUACCACCAGCCAUUUCGAGCCCGUUCAGCAUUUGCAUAACUCAGCAACACUUAUUGAUCAUGGAGCUCAAAAGGAGAAUGAUAAGAUCAAGAAAUUGCCUGGACAACCGUACGUGAAAUUCGACCAGUACGGUGGUUAUGUUACGAUUAACGAAUCUGCGGGCCGAGCUUUUUAUUACUACUUUGUCGAAGCUGAGAACCCUAAGAAGUCGUCGUCUUUGCCACUUCUUCUUUGGCUUAAUGGAGGGCCGGGUUGUUCGUCCCUUGCCUAUGGAGCAAUGCAGGAGCUCGGACCGUUCCGAGUCAAUAGUGACGGAAAAACUCUUUACCGAAACAAGUUUUCUUGGAAUCGAGCUGCAAACGUUUUGUUUUUGGAGUCACCGGCCGGGGUAGGGUUUUCAUACUCUAACACCUCUUCCGACUACAAGAACGGGGGAGACAAAUCAACGGCUGCAGAUAAUUACGUGUUUUUAUUGAAUUGGCUCGAGCGAUUUCCAGAGUAUAAAGGGAGGGACCUUUACCUUUCUGGAGAGAGUUACGCAGGACAUUACGUGCCUCAACUCGCCCACACCAUUAUCUACCACAACAUAAUCGCCAACAAAACCCUAAUCAACCUCAAAGGAAUCCUCAUUGGAAACGCGGUGAUCAACGAUGAGACAGACACGAUGGGGAUGUAUGAUUACUUUGGUUCGCAUGCUCUGAUUUCAGAUGAAACUUCUUACGACAUUCGUAAAUACUGUAACUUUUCAGCGGACGCACUAACACAACCAGAUAAAUGCAUUGAUGCCACAACGGAUGCCGAUUACAACAUUGAAGUUCUUGAUAUCUACAACAUCUAUGCGCCUUUAUGCUUCGAUGGCAACCUCACUAUCAAACCCAAGAAAAUGUCGUGGCAAAAUAUCGAUCCGUGUAGCGACUACUACACGUACGCUUAUAUGAAUCGUCGAGAUGUUCAAGAUGCUCUACAUGCCAACGUCACCAAACUCGAUCAUGAUUGGGAACCAUGCAGUGAAAUCCUCAAAGGUUGGCAUGAUAGCGCUGCAACUGUCAUUCCGCUCCUAAAGGAAUUCAUGAAGUAUAAACUUCGGGUUUGGAUAUUCAGUGGAGAUACAGAUGCAAGGGUGCCAGUUACUUCAACCAAAUACUCCAUUAGUUCCAUGAAGCUUCCUAUAAAGACUAAAUGGCAUCCAUGGAUUCAUCAAGGGGAGGCGGGCGGAUUUGUGCAAGUUUAUAAAGGAGAUCUAACAUUAGCGACGGUUCGAGGGGCAGGGCACCAGGUGCCAAGCUACCAGCCAAAGAGGGCUCUUGCACUCGUCAAACACUUUUUAUCAGGAAAGCCGCUAAAGGAUUCUUCAAGACCUUCAUGAU